AUGGCUAAAAACAUGGCCAUUAAAGGAAAGAUUAAAGUUGCGGUUUCACCCGUCGAGAUGCUAUCUCAGGAUGAAAAGGAUAGUGCACUUGGAAAUGAGCCAAGUGAAGAGGCCAAAGAAGACGAGUGUGAUCUGAAGAGGGAUUGCAUUUAUGAUGAUGGCCCGUUGGGGUUCGAAAAACCUUUAGUGGACGCCACGAAAAUGGAGGCUCAGGACCCUUUGGAGGAAAUCGAUUUGGGGGAUGGCUCAAAGAAAAGACCAACCUACAUAAGUUCCUUGAUCGACCUAGAACUUAGAAGCAGAAUGAUAGAGUUGCUGAAAGAAUUCAAAGAUUGUUUCGCCUGGGAUUACGACGAGAUGCCUGGUUUGAGUCGAGACUUGGUAGAAUUACAACUGCCAAUCAAAGAAGACAGGAAGCCAGUAAAACAACUGCCCAGGAGGUUCCAUCCAGACGUUCUAGUAAAAAUCAAGGAAGAAAUCGAAAGAUUGUUGCGGUGCAAGUUCAUCAGAGCGGCCAGAUAUGUUGAGUGGCUGGCCAACGUAGUCCCGGUAAUCAAGAAAAAUGGUAAGAUGAGGGUCUGCAUAGAUUUUCAAGAUCUGAACGCUGCCACACCAAAGGAUGAAUAUCACAUGCCCAUAGCCGAAAUGAUGGUUUAUAUUGAUGACAUAGUGAUCAAGUCCCCAUCUAGGGAUGAACACUUGUCACAUUUGAGGAAGUCAUUCGAGAGAAUGAGGAUACAUGGCUUAAAAAUGAACCCCCUUAAGUGUGCAUUUGGUGUAAUUGCAUGUGACUUUUUGGGUUUUGUGGUGCACAAAAAAGGCAUCGAAAUCAACAAGAAUAAGGCCAAAGCUAUUCUCGACACAAGUCCACCAACUAGCAAGAAACAACUGCAGUCGCUUUUGGGCAAAGUCAAUUUCCUUAGAAGGUUUAUUGCUAACCUUAGUGAUAAAACUAAGUCUUUCUCAUCCCUUCUUCGACUAAAGAAGGAAGACAUUUUUCGCUGGGAAGCAGAGCACCAAAAAGCAUUUGAUGAACUCAAAAACUAUUUGGCAAGCCCUCCGGUGAUGAUUCCUCCUAUAAAAGGGAAGCCAAUGAAGUUAUAUAUUUCGGCUACAGAUGAAACCAUUGGUAGCAUGUUGGCAGAAGAAGAUGAAGAUGGCAUCAAAAGAGCCGCAAUUAAGGGGCAAGCAGUAGCUGAUUUCUUGGCAGAUCACACUUUGCCUGAAGAAAUAGCUUAUGUAGGGUUACAGCCUUGGAAGUUGUUUUUCGAUGGCUCAAGCCAUAAGGAAGGGUCAGGAAUCGGUAUGUUCAUAGUGUCCCCACAAGGCAUCCCAACCAAAUUCAUGUUUCGAAUUCGAGAAAGUUGCUCCAAUAACGAAUCUGAAUAUGAGGCUUUAGUCUCGGGCCUCGAAAUACUGUUGGCCUUGGGGGCAAAGAACGUCGAAAUCAAAGGUGACUCAGAAUUGGUUGUAAAGCAACUUACCAAGGAAUACAAAUGCAUAAGUGAAAAUUUGGCAAAAUACUACGUAAAGGCCAUUAAUUUAUUAGCCAAUUUUGACCAAGCAGGAAUUGGCUACAUACCUAGGGUAAGCAAUCAAGAAGCUAACGAGUUAGCACAAAUUGCUUCCGGGUACAUGAUAGAUAAGCAAAAAAUUGCAAGAGUUGAUUAG